AUGCUCAAGGAUACGGAUGACCUCAUGGCCAAGGUGGCAAAGAUGAAGCCUGGGCAAAAGGUGACCCUCAUGGGCACUCCUGAGGGCAAAGAAUUGAAAGCUCCGGAGGAGAAAGUGGUCUUCGAAGAGGAUCUCUCUCCGGAAGAGAAGGCCAGAAUCUUGAAAGAGAAGAAAGUGGAGAUCCCCCCAGCAGGGAUCAAGAACUUGGGCAACACCUGCUACAUGAACGCUACCCUGCAAUGCCUGAACAGAGUGGGAGAUUUGAGAGAAGCUGUCAACCAGUACCAGCCACCUGCUACUGAGGUGCGUGAUAUUGAUUCCGUACUCACAGCACAGCUGCGAACGGUGAACACACAGCUUACCAGCACCACUGACUCCAUCGUGCCCAUGCAGUUUGUAAUGGCAUUGCGGCAGCGAUUUCCGAGGUUUGCAGAGAUGCAGAAUGGAGCACCAAUGCAGCAGGACGCAGAUGAGUGUCUCCGUGGGUUGCUUACGACCCUUUCAGGGACAUUGAAAGGAAGCAGCGAGUCUUCGAACAGGAUAGACGAGCUGUUUGGUUACAAGCUGAAGUCAACUCUUCGAUGCCUCGAGUGUGAUGAAGAAGCACCCCAGGAGACUGAAGAGCUGAGCCGCGUGAUGCUGUGCCACCUCGGAACACAGACGGACCCGGUCUCGCACAUCACCCAAGGUGUACAACUAUCUCUGAAGGAACACAUUGAGAAACAGUCGCCAGUCCUGGGUCGCAACGCGCAGUACGAGAAAACAUCGUCCGUUGCAAGCUUGCCGCCCUUUCUGGUUGUCCAGUUUGCCCGCUUUGGCUACAAAGGGGCCAAUGAAUGGGCUGGCACGAGUGCUUCCAAGGUGAAGCUGACGCGCAAAUGCGCUUUCACGCACACUUUUGACAUUUUUGACUGCACUUCUGAUGACGUGAAGAAGAGGCUGUCGGUAGGCCGAGUGAAGAAGAAGGAGCAGGAGGACAAAGAGCUGGAGCGGCAGAAGGCCGCCUUGGACAAGAAAGGCAAUGUGUCGAAGGAUCAAGAUGUGGAGAUGAAGCCAGCAGAGGACGCUGAGAUGUCAUCCGUGGGCUUGGAAGAGCUGGACACUGGCCACUACCAGCUCAUCGGAAUCGUCUCCCACAAAGGUCGAACCGCUGAUGGAGGUCACUAUGUAGGCUGGACUCUCCACAAGAAAGCGGAUGGCAAGGAUCUCAAGGAUGACAAGUGGGUCCUCUUUGAUGACGACGAAGUGACUUUCGUAAACUGGAAAGACAUGACGGGCUUGAGUACAGACCUCUGUGGCGGGAAGGCCGAUACUCAAAUUGCAUACAUCAACAUCUACCAGAGGAUAACGGUCCUUGCAGAUCCAGGCCAGGCCUUGGGUAGCACCGAGAAGGACAGUGGCUACGCUGGUAAAGAGGACGUGAAAAUGGAGGGACAGUAG